GUUUACCAAGAACCUCUCCCCAGACAAAAUCAACCUGAGCACGCUGAAAGGCCAGGGGCAGCUGACCAACCUGGAGCUGGAUGAAGAGGUGCUGCAGAAUGUGCUGGAGCUGCCCACCUGGUUUACCAAGAACCUCUCCCCAGACAAAAUCAACCUGAGCACGCUGAAAGGCCAGGGGCAGCUGACCAACCUGGAGCUGGAUGAAGAGGUGCUGCAGAAUGUGCUGGAGCUGCCCACCUGGCUUGCCAUCACUCGGGUCUACUGCAACAAGGCGUCGAUCCGGAUCCAGUGGACAAAGCUGAAAACACACCCAAUCUGCCUGUACCUGGACAAAGUGGAGGUGGAGAUGAGGACGUGCGAGGAGCCUCGGCCACCCAACGGGCAGUCUCCCAUCGCCCUGGCUGCAGGACAGAGUGAAUAUGGCUUUGCUGAGAAGGUCGUGGAGGGGAUGUUUAUUGUUGUUAAUUCCAUCACCAUCAAGAUCCACUCCAAGGCCUUUCACGCGUCCUUUGAGCUCUGGCAGCUCCAAGGCUACAGUGUCAAUCCCAACUGGCAGCAGAGUGAUUUGCGCCUCACCCGCAUCACCGACCCGCAGAGAGGAGAGGUCCUGACGUUCAAGGAGCUCACCUGGCAGACACUGCGCAUAGAAGCAGACGCCUCCGACAACGGCGAUCAGGAUCCUGUCACCACCCCCCUGAGGCUCAUCACCAACCAGGGCAGGAUCCAGAUCUCGCUCAAGAGAAGGACCAAAGACUGCAAUGUGGUGGCCUCCAAGCUGAUGUUUCUCCUGGAUGACCUGCUCUGGGUGCUGACAGACUCUCAGCUGAAGGCGAUGAUGAAAUACGCCGAGUCUCUGAGUGAAGCCAUGGAGAAGUCUGCCCAGCAGAGGAAAAGCUUGGCCCCAGAGUCUGUGCAGAUCACCCCCCUGGCCCCCAGUGCCCAGCAGUCCUGGGCUCAGCCCUUCGGGGCCAGCCCCAACGCCAGCAGCAUGGGGCAGUACUUCGAGAAGCACGACAUGAAGGAGUCGUCGUACCACCUGCUCAUCUCCCGCCUGGACCUGCACAUCUGCGACGACAGCCACGCGCGGGAGGCAGGUGCCCUGAAGCACGGGAUGCUGGGAGGAGCCAUUCAGCUGACCUUCAGGAGGAUGGCCUUUGACUACUACCCUUUCCACAGGGCAGGAGAUGCCUGCAAGCACUGGGUGAGGUACAGUGAAGCCAUGGAAACACGAGAACAGUGGGCAAAGAAGCUGGUCGAUGAAUUUCAAAGCAAGAUGAAGAUUUAUGAAGAAACAGACCCUGCUCUUGCCGGGACUCCUCCUUCGCCCUUCAAGAGGAAACCAG